CACGGGGAUGAGGAGUCUGUCGAGACGGUCGGCCAUAUUGUAUGUUUGUUCAGCAACGGCAGCAGUGCUAUGGUGGCUAGCUGUGGUUUUGUGUACUCUCGUGGUGGUGGUGGUGGCUCGUCGGUGUUGGACGUGCGGUGCCAUGGCUACAGCUGCAGCGGACCCGAAAGAAAAAGCGCACUGGACACCCGAGGAGACAUUCGCCCUUAUCAAAAUAUGGGAAGACCAUCUCCAUGACUUAAGAAGGGCGAAGCGCAACGCAAAAGUGUACCAGUUGAUUGCUGAAAAGCUGCUCGAUGCUGGCAUCAGCAAGACUUUGAAAGAGACGAAGACAAAGAUCGAAAAUCUAGCAAACAAGUACAGAGACAUCAACAAGAAAAAGGGCACUGGGCAAGGCCGUGUCACUUGGCCCUAUUACUGGGAAAUUCACAAGUUCCUCAGUGCCUUACCAAUGAAUAACCAGCGGGAAAUGGUGGAAAGCCAGUGCAACACUGUGGAGGAGAUCAUCCACCAAAUGGAGAAUGAUCACAGAAGCGGAGACGACGGGGACGCAGCCGCCAACAUGAAUGAGGAUAUGGCAUAUCCUACACAGGAUGACGCAUCUGAAACAUCAUCAGAAACUUCGUGUCGUGCGCUUUCAUCUCCUGUUGACGCUGGACCUUCACAAACUGGGACUCCCCAGCAAAAUGCUUGUCGCCAGAGCUUACUGGGGCCUCGCGAAAGGAGAAAGAGGCAGCCAUCGAAUGCAAAUCUGCUUGCGCAGCUCAUUGAGGAGCAACGGCAGCUGCGUCUAUGUUUAGAAAAAGGCAUGCAGAAAGAAGAAAAGUUCAGAGAGAAGCAGAUUAAGCUGCAGGAAGAAAGUGCGCAGCGUGAAAAUUUAUUUUUGGCGUGUUUGCGGGAUUUGGGCAAAAAGUAAAUGUUCAAUGCCUGCAUGUCUGUCAAUGAGCAUGAUUGUUUUCAUAUUCACACGCUCUUCGAAGUACACACACACACACACACACACUGCUUCUCUGCUGUGGUGCAAUGCUGCUGGUCAUGUGGCCUGUUGAGCACGUCUCCAGAAGUAUUGCGCCAGAGCAGCUCGAACACUGUGUCCUGUUUCACUUGACUGAGUGGUGGAGCGCGAUGGCUGUGGAAACAGUUCAUCAAAUGCAGGCACAUCUUGUUCCCACUGAGGAUCCACAGGGUCUCUGAAUGUCUCACAGAUAUUGUGAAGAACACAUGCGGCCCUAAUGGCUUGUUUAGCAUUGGGCAACUUGCAUUCUAGCCUCUUCAUGACAAAACGAAAACGAGCUUUCAGGCGUCCAAAUGCGUUUUCAACUAUGCGUCUCGUUUUGGAAAGGUUAUAAUUGCAAGCAGCUUCGGGGGUGCCAGGUGAUGCACUUGGGAAGGGCUUAAGCAGUGUUGCAGUCAGUGGAAAUGCCUGGUCACACAGAAUGAGUGGUGUUAUAGCAGCGCCUUCGAUCAUAAUCACAGGCGAAUCAAGGUGUCCGCUUUCAAUAAGUGUGUGCAGCUUCGA